AGACCUUCGUAGCCACCGCGCGCUGGAACCAGCGUUCCGUUUCCGUAGUGCUUCUAAGUGGUCGUCCGGUUCCAGCCGCGUUGGCAGUUAGGAAUGGCAGACGCUUCAGUAGAGAAUACUCAGGUCACGGACGGUCCAUCGAUCGAAGUCCGCCCAAAUGCCUUGAAAGAGGGACCACCGGUUGUCGUCAACGACAGGGUGCCAAACAACAAAGUGAAUCUCCGGUUCUUGCUUAUAUCUGGACGAAGAACGGAUUUGUUGUUCGACCCUACCGCGACGGUGGACUUUGUAAGGUCUCAGAUCUUUGAGGCAUGGCCUGGUGAAUGGGCUGACGAGAAGCCAGAGUCUCCUCAAGGCCUACGCGUAUUACAUCAAGGCAAAUUCUUCGAGCCCGCAACAACCCUUGCAUCCCAAAAACUCGAACCAGGACAAACCGUUGUGGUGCACCUUUUACUUCGACCUGGCGCAAACACAGAGCCAGAGGAGAAACCAAGGCCAGCUGCUGGAGUCGACGGGGUUGCGCGUGCAUGCGCGUGCUGCACUGUUUUGUAACGACACACAAGCAGCUCGCGUAGACCGUGCAAAAAAAUCUGUGCCGGGAAAGGAACGCACAGGACCGGAGGGAGGGGGGCGAGUUUGCGAGACAUACUCGCGGUUUUUGGCCGGGGUGUUUUUUCCUUGUUUCUUUUUUCUUUCAC